GAGAGAGAGAGAGAGAGACAGACAGACACACACACACACACACACACACACAGGCAGAGCGCUAUUUCUCGCAGGCUCCGGCCAAGGCUGUGUGCUCCGACAGAGCGGGGAUGUCCUCUGAUACAGUGUCGCAAAGGAAAUGGAUGGCUUGAAUGGAUCCGCGGUCCGGGCUCGGUUCUGCUCCUCGCCCCCUCAGCAGCCUACUGUCUGUCAGUGUGUGUGUUUACAGGAAUCGCUGCGAACAACGUGACGCGGCAGCGCCAGCUCUGCACCAGCCGGGAGCCGGAACGACCUAUUUAAUUGUGAUGAGAGGGAACAAUGCGCCGGCAAGGAAGUCCGACAAAAUAGUGGUAAAAAAUAAAAACUGGUACAUGGCACGAAGUUCAAUUCCAGCUGCCGAUUGAAUGGAAUGAGCUGCCACUUCACCUGAGGACAACGUUGUGUGUCUGUUUUUAAAGUCCGGUGGAGCCGCAGCCGAGGAGCUGAGGAGCUGGAGAUUUGACUGGCAGCUGGUACACCAUCAAGGGAGGGGAGAGAGGCGGCUGGGCAGUGGGGUCGACGAGCCUGGCUGGCGCUGGGUGAAUGCUGCCUGGCGAGGACGAGGGCUGAGGCGGCGGCAACAGCGUCAACUGGAAAAAGGAGCAUGGCAUCCACGGGCAUGCAGAUAUUCGGAUUUGUCCUGGCGCUGCUGGGCAUCAUGGGUGCCAUGGUCGCCACUCUGCUGCCCAACUGGAAGGUCAGCGCGGAUGUGGGCUCCAACAUCAUCACGGCGAUUUCCCAGAUGCAGGGUCUGUGGAUGGACUGCACAUGGUACAGCACAGGCAUGUUCAGCUGCACACUUAAGUAUUCUGUGCUCUCACUACCUGCGUACUUGCAGACUGCCCGCACCACUAUGGUGCUCUGCUGCGUACUGGCUGCCAUGGGCCUCUGUCUUGCAUCCCUGGGACUAAAAUGCACGCGUUGGGGAGGUGGACGGCGCUCCAAGCGGCAUGCUGCGAUCGCCAGCGGUGGCUGCUUUGUUGCUGCAGGCUUUCUGUGUCUGGUGCCUGCUUCCUGGUUUACCAACGAGGUCAUCACCAACUUCCUGGACUCCAGUGUGCCCGAGAGCAAUAAGUUUGAGCCUGGGGGUGCUGUGUACGUGGCCUUUGUUUCCGCAGGAUUCCUCUUCAUGGGGGGCUUCAUCUUCUGUAUGUCCUGCUCGGGGAAGAGACAUGGCCCCCAGGACCUGGUCCUGCUCCCUCCCCCUGACAAAUUGCUGCUCCAGCAGCAGCAGCAGCAGCAACAGCUGCUCCAGCAGCAGCAAGAGCUCCAACACCAGUACUGCUCUCUCUCCCCAUUAGACAAUAAGACGGGCUACAGCCUGCAGGACUACGUGUAAUAAAGCAGUGCUGUGUGCGCUACGGCUAAAGGGAGAUGAGCCUGAGGGGAAACCAUCGUGGCUUAUGCUACGCACUCGGCUCUACUCCAGAUGGAGGUGGAGAAAAAAUGAGAAAGGAGGGCAACAACUUUGAAUUCAUUUUCCCUUCUCCUCUAUCUCGCUCUUCUACCUUUUUCUGUUUUGCAAGCACAAGCAGUGGAGGUAUUCCCUAAGCAGCGCCUUGGAACAGUGAAUGUGUAAGGAGCCAGGAUAAGGUGCUGCAGCGUUGGAGGCAGCCGCUAACCAAAUGCAGACAUUCUUCAUCAGUAAAUCACAGAAAGAGUUCCCUGGGGAAUGGAUUAAGCAAAUAAGGAAGCCUUCCAAGUAGAUUUUUUUUUUCCCUCGCCAAAGGUUUGAAUUGAAAGAAAAAAGCAAUCAUUUAGCUGCUACUUACAAUCGUUUGGUACCCUUUCAAUUGACAUAGUAGGCAAUAUAAUGUCUGAGGACAGAAGGUGGAAACCCUUUCAUAGCAAGCCAUUGUAGUCUUUCGUAUAUUUAUCCACUAGAAUGCUACGUGGAACUGAUUGAUAUAAAUGGUCAUAUUUUUGUUAGCUACUAGAAUGAUGUUGAUAUUUUGCCUAUAAAGCAUGCUGUGUGGAGCCUGUCUGUGUAUUAAUACAGCGGAAUGCCUGGUAGAAGACUGAGACAUAGCCACACAAUGCCUGUGCCUGAAAAGCUGUAGAAACAUUACCCUGCUGUAACUGUUCAAAGAGAGCUGUUAGGAGGAGUCGAUGGUGGCUGCUGGGCUGGAGAUUGAGACGGAAAAUGCAGACAAACACUUGCUUGCCUGGGUCUCUGCAGGUGGACGUUUGAGAGAGACGGAGAGAAAAUUAACAGGGAGGGAUCUGAUCCUUGAGAGCAGAGUGGACUCUUCUGAGAUGCUGUUUUUUCUUUUUUGUAUUUCCACCCAGACGAAAACAUUACUGCCCACCCAUCCCUUCACACCCACACACUCACUCACGCUCUUGUGUGUCUUUGUGUACACACAGUAAACACUCAGACACGCCGGCUUUUUUGCAUGUGCUUGUCACUCCUGUCAUCCUCCUCCACACUGCCAUGGUAACAUAAUUCGCCAUUCAAUUGUCUUUUAUUGUCUGGGGGGCAUGUGCAUGUCAGUCAGUGAUCUGAAGUUGUUUAGGGGGCAUAUUUUCCCCUCGCCACUGCUCCGUAAGCUUUAAUCAGAGGGCUCUGCUCACACUACUUUCACUAAUCCCCUUUAUUAGCCGGUGACAUGAGGCAGCAUCCCUUUUACGUGGUCAGAGGUUUUUGGGGAAAAAAACACUCAUCCUCGCCGUGUUGGUGUCUACACCAUUGCAAGUAGUCUCACAGGGAUGAACGGAUGUUUAAUGGUGCAGUGGCAGAGGGAAGCGGAGAAGGAGAAGCUUCUCGAGUCAUGGUCGACCGGGUAGCUGUGUGGCAGGCAGCUAGAAAAAGGUUUGAGUCAUUCUCCAUAUGUGACUUGUUUUCCAAGUGCGUCAGCAGUGCGCAUAUGUUACCAGCCUGCACCUGCAGACAGUCUCAGUGUCUUAAAUUGCAGCCACUUGACUAUUCCACCAUUCCUCAUUUCCCUACCUGUCACUCUCAUCUCUCCCCGCCCCCGUGCCGCCUGUCCUGCUCGUGUCACACCACUUCACAUGGAUGUGAUCGCUGACGAGAGAAGGCUGAUGCAUGUUGAAGGCAUGGCCGCUCCAACACAUGCGCACAUAUCAACAAAAAGUCCCACCUACUCAUAUGUCAGUAGCACUGUUACGCUUUAACAUAGUCAUGUUUCAGAGUGUGUUCUCUUAACUGGGGGAGGGAUAUUGGUGGAAUAUUGUUUUCGUGCUUGAGACAAGCCAUGGCAGUGAUGUAUAGAACAGCACAUUCUCUCCUUCUCUCUCAUAAACAUGCAGCUUCCUGGGGGAGAGCAGAUGGCUAAGCCCAGCUCGCCACCUGCAGGCUGCUGCCGGCACGCCAUGGGCAUCUCUGUGGGCACCACUGCCGGCCCUGGCAGCCCUUUAGGGGCCAGGUUUCUACCCCACCCUGACUUAGCCAUCUUGCCCGGCACGGACUGUAGCCGACGGACCGGCCUCCUGACAAUAACUCACUGCCCAGGCACCAUAACCAAUGCAAUAAACAAAGUAAAGAAUGUGCCAUGUCAUCAACUAAUACCGACACGUUACGCGUUUCGAGAAUGUGCCAAAAUCGUUCAUGAUGACACGUUUUAAUACUAUCUGGAGUUCUUUCUGUUUAUUUUUUUAUUGCGUUGUUUGUACAUGAAUUAUACAUUAGCAAAUGUUUUAUGGAUUUGUGAUUUGUUCUGCCAGACUAAGUCUCAAGUCAACUAGAUGCUUGUGUACAGUCCAGUGCAGCUUUCGAGGGUUAUUUUAAAUCCUCUCUAUUCCUCAUUUCCCAAAGCACAGCAAGACUUUACAGGGCAUGAGAGUUGCAUUGGAAAGACGUGAGUGUAGUAUUUAUAAAUGGAAAAUAUAAUAUUUGUUUCAGGAAUUCUGCUUCAGUCUGUGACAACUGUACACAAGUAUCUAGGCUUUAAAAAGGUGUUUGUUUAUACUGAGGGAUCACGACUCUCUCCGAUUGUUUCAAUAUAAAAUACAAUGUCAUGUUCAUACCAUAUCUUCUUUAUAAGAAGACAACUCAAUGCACCUUUGCUUGUGUUACUUUACUUGACAGCAGUUUGUUUCAAGUGGCUGAGCAUACCAAGCUCCCCCGGACCAGUACAAACACAUAACACAACUGGCACUCUGGAAUACAAAAAAAGGGAAGGAUUUCUGUCUGAUAGGAUUCAGCAGGGACAUAUGAGCUAGAGAUUUCUCUUUUUUUGUGGCUGUGCAGCUUGAUCAUCGGCACGCAAUUUCAUUAGCUUAUAAAUGGCCAGAGUGCAAAGUGACUAGGUCCUAAAAAGUCUAAAGAGUUACAACUCUCCUGCAUAUACUGUAACAAGACAUUGAUUUAUCAUUUUGAUAACUGCAGCUUAUUUUUGUGGAUGCUUUAGCACUUCUUACUUUGCCAGAGCAUAUUUGUGAUGAUGAACAGUUCACAAGUUCUGAUACAGUUGUCUCAAUGUGCUUGUGCAAGUAGUUCUAUUUUUUACCAAUAAAACUAUUUUG